AUGUGUGACCAUACAGAAAAUUCAUGUAAUGAAAUUUUAGACAUUAAUAAUAGUAGCGAACAAAGUGGGUUUAAAUUUUCAUUGGACUCUAUAGCAAUUAAGCCUCCUUCUCCUUCUCCUGUAAGUUCACCGUUAACUACUUCAAAUUUAAAAUUUGCUUCGCAAAGCGAUUUGGGAAGACUUUUUGCUCUUCAAGGAAAUGGGGGAGUUACUUCUGAAAGUGGUACCUCAUCCCCUUCAGGUGGUGGCCCUGAACAAAUAGAACAUUCACAACAAUUUCUUCAUAAAAUAUCUCGUCCAAUACCUCCUUCUUUAAAUACCAAUUUUUCACAAUUUUUAAUGUCACAUAAUGGUAGUAAUUUUUCUUCACCUCCAUAUCAAUCAGAUAGUAUUGAUGAUGGUUCUGGCCAUCGACGAAGAGAUAGCAAUGUUUCAACAAUGUCUAUACAACUGCAUGAUGUAGUACCUGGUCAUCAACGACGUGAUAGUAAUGUAUCUAGUAUGUCAAUGCAAUUAGAUACACCUACACCUUCUAGUGGAACAGAAUCUGGUAAUGAGGAUGAGAGUAAAUCAGCAUCUUUUCCUUUUACAUUUUCGCAAAAACCAUUAACCUUAUCCAGACCAAGCACACCAACUACACCACCACCUUAUCCUUCAAGUUUUUAUUCAGCACCAACAGCGAGAACUAGUGUAUCAUCACUAAUAUCUCAUCAUCCACAACGUAUGAGGAGAAUGAGUUUAGAUAUAAGUAUUGAAACUGGUUCACUAAAUUACUCACCUGAUGGGAAAAUUGAUAAACCGUCACCAAUGCAUCGGGCCGUUAGGGCAAGAAGAGCAUCUCUUUUGCCCAAAACUAAAUCUUUUCAACGAGUUGCUAAUGAACUUCAGGAAGAAGCACGUCCAAUUGAAGCUGAAAUUAAGCAAGAAUAUAAGACUACCAAAGUUCUUAAAAACGAAUCAGAUAAUAUUAUGGAUACUGGAAAGUUAUCAGAGGAAUUCCUAAAUAAUUGGAUAAAAUUCCGUGAUAUUCAACCUUCACCGCCACCAUAUACUGCUUCGAGAUUAAAUCCAGAAAUUGAACUUGCAUUUCGUCAAGAUACGCCUUCACCUACAUCCUCUGUUGGCCCAUGGCCGUCUUGUAGCCGUAUAAAACGAAAAGCAUCAGAUGAUCGAUUUGAACCAUAUUUCAAUCCAAAACGACGAGCAGUUUCCCCAAGCUUAGUCGGCAGUCCUCCUAUUGUCUCUGGACUUUCAUCACCAUCAGCCAAUGGUUCACCAUCUUAUUCCUCAUAUGCAACUGGUUCACCCAGUAAUGGGGGAGUAGGGGGGAAUGGUUGUACACCAACAUCAAGAGGACAAAUCAAAAGUAAUAGCGGUUUAGCAAUUCUUCAUGAUGCUAAUGGAAGUUUUAGUAGGAUGAAUUUAAAUGGAGAGUAA